CAAAGAUCAAACAACCAGCCAAAAAAAACUAAUAAUUCCAAACUCAAAACAGUUGGCAAAAUUUUCAUGACCAAACAAAAGCUUAAUAUGCAAACACUAAUAUUGUGGAUUUGCAGAAACAGAAAGUGUAGUAGUAAUAAUUACUAGUAUAAAUAAUCAUCAUAACAUAACAAGAGUCUCUCUCUGUAACGUUCUUAGCUAUUGUCACAUAUAAAGCCAUUCCCCUUUCUUCUCUGCCAUCUUGCUUACGUCUUUCCUUUUUUUCUGCUUCUCUUUAACUCCCCUUUUUUAUUGUUCUUUCUGUAAACUUCUUUGUUUUACAAAAAAAAAAAAAAAAAAAUGUUAUCUGGAGUGAAUGGUAUGGGAUGGAUGGACCAAAAAGAAGAUGAAGAAACAGGUACAUGGGUUCAUCAAAACAACAACCAAAAUAACAACAAAGAUGAACUGGAAAUGGGUGCACUUUCAACUUUCAAAUCUAUGCUUGAUGUUGAAGAUGUUGAUUGGUACAACAACAACAACAAUAACAUGCAAAGCCACAUAUCUUUCACUUCAAAUUUCAAUGAAGUAGCCAAUGAGACAAACAAUUUACUUCUUCAGCCAGUUGAUUCUUCUUCUUCAUGUUCACCUUCAUCUGCUUUUAACAACCAUUUCUUUUUAACCCAAAAAACAACCAUUCCACUUUUGCUUGGUUCUUUAUCAAACAACCCAUUGGAUAACACAUUUGAUUUAAGCGGUGGGUUUCAUGAUUUUACUUCGCAAAACCAAAUGGGUACAAACAAUUUGACUUCUUUUACUCAGUUUCCAUGUUCUUCAAACCUGCUUCAAAUACCUCAAACAACUGUUGGGUUUGGUUUAAACCCAACAUUUGGAGAUUCUGUGAAUGAAAACAACUCUAUGUUUCUUGCUAAUAGGUCUAAGUUAUUAAAACCCCUUGAUAAUUUUGCUUCAAUUGGUGCACAACCAACUUUAUUCCAAAAAAGAGCUGCACUUAGGAAAAACUUGGCUAAUGGGGGUAAUGAAAUUGGUCAGUCUUCAAGCAAUAAAGAAGUGAAUGAUGAAAGGAAGAGGAAAUACAGUAAUGGAGAUGAAUUUGAAGAUGUUAGUAUUGAUGGGUCUACUUUGAAUUAUGAUUCUGAUGAUUUUGUUGAGAAUACUAAUAGCAAGGUUGAGGAUAGUGGUGUUAGUAAUAAAAAUGGUGGAAAUAGUUCAAAUGCAACAAGUACUGUUACUGGUGUUGAUCAGAAAGGCAAGAAAAAAGGUCUUCCGGCUAAGAAUCUGAUGGCUGAACGACGUCGUAGAAAGAAACUCAAUGAUAGACUUUACAUGUUGAGAUCUGUUGUUCCAAAGAUUAGUAAGAUGGACAGGGCUUCAAUCUUAGGAGAUGCGAUUGAGUACUUAAAGGAGCUUCUACAAAAAAUCAAUGACCUGCAUAAUGAGCUGGAGUCCACUCCACCGAACUCUUCAUUGACUCCGACAACAAGCUUCUAUCCUUUAACGCCAACUGCAACAGCUCUACCUGGUCGUAUCAAGGAAGAACUUUGUCCAAGUUCAUUUGCAAGUCCACUGUCUAGCCCUACUGGACAACCUGCAAGGGUUGAAGUAAGGGCAAGAGAAGGAAGAGCGGUGAAUAUCCAUAUGUUUUGCAGCCGCAGACCAGGCCUUUUACUCUCAACAAUGAGGGCUCUGGACAAUCUUGGACUGGAUAUUCAACAGGCUGUUAUCAGCUGCUUCAAUGGGUUUGCGUUGGAUAUCUUCCGAGCUGAGCAAUCUAAAGAAGGUCAAGACAUCCAUCCAGAACAAAUCAAAGCAGUGUUGCUGGACUCUGCUGGCUUCCAUGGGAUGAUGUAAGCUGUUGUGGUUUACAAAGAGAGGUUCUAUCCAAGAUUUUGGGCCUCAGGCUCUAGCUUUCAAACCUCAAGACUUUCUAUGCUCCUUUUGUAGUUUACUGAUAUUUUCAAUCUAUUAGCCAAUUGUAUUUGUGUUUUCUUUAGGAGAAACAUUGAGCGUAUGCUUAGAAGCUCCAAAACUUGAAUGCUAUGAUUUUCCAGUCAUAAGUUCUUAGCUCAUCAUAA